AUGGCGGAAGAAGCCGUUGUCCCCUGCACGAUACACUUGAGCAAAAUCAAUGUGACAGUGCUGGGCGUCCUAUGCGUUUUUGGGUUUCUUUAUUACGUUUCCGUAUUUUGCGUGAUUGUGCCGUGGCUCAGCUACUCCGUCCCCGGCAUCACAAACAUGGGGGUAUUGACCGUCACAACCUGCCUCUCUCUCUAUUGCUACAUGUUUUGCGUGAUGCUGGACGCGGGCAGACCGCCCCCUAACUACCAGCCUGACCAGGAGGCCUCCAGCAUUCUGGAGGUCAAACGGAAGGACGGUGCCCCCCGCUACUGCCAGAAGUGCCAGCAGUUCAAACCCCCUCGAAGCCACCAUUGCCGCAAAUGCCAACGUUGCGUGUUGCGCAUGGACCACCACUGCCCCUGGACCAAUAACUGCAUCGGGCAUGCCAACUACCGGGCCUUCUUCCUCUUCCUCAUAUGUGAACAGCUGGCCGUUUGCAUGUUUGCGCACGUAUGCAAAACCAGCUCCCCCAGCGUCCUCCCCUCUCUCCUUGGAGGCACACACACACACAUACGCACAUAUAAUGCGCUGGCCUUCGCAGUGGCCCUGCCCCUCACCAUCAGCUUGCUGCUGCUGUUCGUCUGGCAUGUGCAGCUGGUCAUGGUCAACAAGACGACCAUUGAAUACCAGGAGGGCGUUACCGCCAGCAUCAACGCCGCCGCCAGCGGUGCCCCCCUGCCCGACCUACGGCGGCACCCGUACGACCUAGGGCUGUACGUCAACCUGAUGACCAUACUUGGCUCCAAUCCCGCAGUGUGGCCGCUGCCGCCCUGUGCCCCCACUCCGGGAGGCACCUCCUACUCCACCAAAUGGGACCUGCUCAGCGCUGCAGAUGCGGAGGAACACGAGGCGCGAUUGCUGGGGCUCACGUGA